AUGGUGCUUCGGAGUAACAGCCUUGCCACGAAAGCCAUUGAGUUGUACUUGCGCCAGACAGGUGAACCCUACCUGCAUGCAGCUCUAGAUGAGGUUGUGGAGACUAUCUUAGCCUCGACAAAGACCCCGGCGGCCUCAGUGGUGACCUCAAUGCAGUCCCCGAGGGAGAAGCGUGGCUCUCUCGACACUGAGCUCAACCUGACUGAAUUAUCAUGUGAACUGCGACGCACCUUCUUUGAAAUUCGCCGCUCAAUGGUUCCCUCCGACUACGCCGGCGGAAAAGGUCAAUCGGAGAGGAGUUUUACAAAGUUUUCCUCCUCUUCAAAUGACAGCAGCCAACAGCAGCAUGUUCAAAGCGCGAAGGAACUCUUUGAGCACGUGAUAUCUGCUUGUGUUUUCCUUCGUUUCGUUUGUCCUGCAAUCCUUUCGCCUUCCCUCUUUGGCCUCACCGAUCGGUUUCCCGAAGAUACCAGGGUGGUUAGAGCCUUCACUCUCGUUGCAAAAGCCAUCCAGAAUCUCGCCAAUUUUACCCUCUUCGGGGAUGCCAAGGAAAUGCACAUGUCCUUUCUCAACCGUUUCGUUGCUGAGCAGCUACCCGCCAUGCGAGCCUUCCUUUGGCGUAUUUCUGACCUGCCCUCUGAAUCUGAAGUGCAGCAGGCCUCCUCCGUGCCAUCCUACUUUGCCCGGUUGGUGGACGUCUUCAUGGUUUCAGAAAGUAGCGUCGGCGGCACCCAUAGACGCUCAACGCUGGCUGUGAGUCCACAGUUCCGCACCAGCAACCUGGGGCUCGAAGAGGCUCACCUGAACGGUGGAGUCUCUUCUGACUUUGAUGACAUGCUGAACCCGGAGUUGCUGUCUCGGGUGGCAGUGGCCGCGGGCGAAGCCCGGGCUGCUGUGGACUGCAUCUAG